AUGCAGCUCACGGACGUGAAGGGCGACUGCUUGAACGUCACGCCGCAGGCCGAGUACGAGGAGGCGUGUCGCGUGCUUUCGCCAGCUGCGGCUAGCACCACGUCGAUGCACUUUGAAGCCGUAAUCCGCUCGGCCGUCGCGUUCCAAAAGAAUGUUGCCGACCUGAUUAUCAAGGUCAUUAAGAAGCUUGUGGAGACGCUGAAUGUAGCCAUGAGCAAGCUCAAGCACGAGGCGUAG